GAAUAUCCUGACGAUUUUUGCAUUGAGGCUGUGAAAAGAGAUUUCAGAAAUGACAAACUCAACUGACAAYCCAACCUUCCCGAACGCUACUGACCUAGUUACUCUAAACUCCACCAGUCAAAGCACUUCCAUUACUGUUAUCACAAGCACCAUACCUCCAACAACAGUUCCUCCAGCCCUYCUUCACUAUCGUUCCCAGGCUACCAUCAUMAUCCAAGUUGCUCURCUYGCAAUACUCGGUGUCGUCAUUGUGCUUGGGAACCUGGUCUCYAUCGUCACYUUCCUUAAGACCCAGUCCCUUCGCAGACGAUGUCAUUACCUGGUGAUAAGCCUUUCGUUUGCRGACUUUCUUGUUGGAAUCAACAAUUUCAUGACAAUGUAUUUUUUCCURACUGGUCCUCAGUUUAACCUGUUCAUYGUCACUUURGAGUUCAUUGAUACAUGGACUGGAACUGCUUCGAUUCUUACCCUGUCCGUCAUUGCAGUGGAACGAUUCUACGCCAUCUACUUCCCUUUUCAUCACAGRAUGCUGCGUUUCAAGUUCUACAUGGCUUGYAUWGCGUUCCCUUGGGUUGAAGCCACGAUCAUCGCAUCUCUCUACUUUAUUUAUUACUUUGCAGAGAACGCGAUUGUGUAUCAAGUUUACACAUACCAUUUGUUCAUAGUCGCUUCCCUCGCUUUGGUUGUCAUAUCAACAUCGUAUAUCAGCAUYGGUUUAAAGAUAAGACAGAAAAACCCUAGWGCGCAGAAUCAGAACCAAGCGUCACGUGAAAAGAAACUCGCUGUCACGCUGCUGAUUGUCACGCUGGCAUCUCUCUUGACSUGGAUUCCGUUACAGUGCUUCKUGUUUGUGCUCUAUAUGUGCAAAACCUGUCCUUUUCCACAUUUCAAUGUCCUGUUUAUAAUGAAGUUYCUCCAGUUUUGUAACUCGGGCAUCAAUGUUUUCAUUUACAUUAUAAGRAUGCCCGAGUUUCGAAAAGCAUUCCUGGUUUUCAUCUGUAACAAAGGCCAAAAUAAUGAACAAGAGUCAAAGACUGAGCUCUCAACUGUUCGAAGAGGCACAACUUCAGCAAUCGAAAGUCAAGCCAACAGUAUCUUGAGGAACCAGAGCAGCCCCAAUGCACAUGCGCAGGAGGAAAGGCAAAGUGUUCCCACAUUGAAUAGCAGAUUGAAAAUGGCAAAGAAAGGCGACGAUUUUUUUCCAAUGAGGAACCACAACAAGGAUUUCAAAAGUGGCUUUAGUAACGUUGGAUUCUCCGGUGACAUUAAUGACACAAAAUUGUAAUUUUAGAAUAAUGACAAGGAACAAAAAAAAUAGUUUGUCAUCAAUGUAAUUGCGAAUAGUAGAAAUAAGAUAUAUUUCUAACCAAGUAAUUUUUAAACCGAUAUUAACUUUGCCAUAUGGAUUUGAACUGUUCUUGACAUAACUAAACUAAUUACAUCAAACCAAUGUAAUAGGAUUCAUUGAAAUUAGAUUUUAAACUUCAUUUUCAAUUAAAACAAGGGCAGCAGUUAGUCUUAGUGUAUGUGCACUGUUAGAAGCCAAUAUAUUAAUUUCCCUUGUUCCCCAAGUGGAAGCCUGCCAGACCAGAAUGGCAUGAAAUUAAAGAAUACUACUUUGAUGUCA